GAGAGCAAAAGUCACUGCCAGUGUCGAGAUCCUUGAAUCAUUGGUGUGGGCCUGUCAACAGGUGGCAGAGGGAGAAAAAGUCCUUCAGAGAAAAAGAGAGAAAGAGAAGAGAAGAGAAGAGAAGAGAAGAGGAGAGAGUUCAAGAAAACCCUCAAGGCCAUGACCACCAGACUGCUGUGGAGGGCCCUGUGCCUGUUGGCCAUACUGUGCACCUUGUCAUCCCUCAGCUCUGCUGAAAACCUGCCAGAGCCCAAACCCCAAGAGCAGGGAGUCACUUUCAGCCAUGUCUAUAAAAUUGACAUCCCAGGAGGCUCCAGUUGUAAACUAGACGGCAUGCCAACCCAGAAUGAAACAGGUCUUCAGACAGACACCACUAAGAACGGAGAUAACGACAUCAUCUUCAGACACAACAUCAGGCUGCAGACACCAAAGUGUGACUGCGAUGAGUCAGAAAGCUUCAAGUCUCUCUUGUACAGAGUGAAUGGGCUGGAGGAAGAAGUCAACUACCUAAAGACCCAGUGUAGUCAGGGUUGUUGUGGAACAGGUGGUGCUGCAGGAGUGGACACAAGCUGCAGUGGCCAAGGUACAUACUCACGCGACACCUGCAGCUGCCAAUGUAACCCAGGAUGGGAAGGCCCAGAUUGCUCCGUGUCGUCCUGCCCUGACGAGUGCAAUGACAACGGCCGCUGUGUGGAUGGGAAAUGUGUGUGCCAUCAGGGUUUCACAGGAGACGACUGCAGCCAGCUGAUGUGUCCAGACAACUGUAACGACAAGGGACAAUGUGUGGACGGAAAGUGUGUGUGUUACCCACACUUCACUGGCGAGUUCUGCAACAUCCAGAAGUGUCCCAAUGACUGUAUCGGUAAUGGCCAGUGUGUGGAUGGCCAGUGUGUCUGUGACGAAGGCUUUUAUGGGGAGGACUGUUCAUUAGUGCUCGGCCCUCAGGGUCUACGGUUGGUCAAGGUGACUGACGUGUCUCUCCUGGUCGAGUGGGAGUCCGUUAGUGGAGCAGAGUAUUACGUUUUGAGUUAUCAUCCUGAAGGGGAUCAGAGCGCCAUGGAGCAAGUUCGGAUUCCCAACGCAGAAAACUCGUAUCUCAUCACAGGCUUGUCUCCUGGGGUCACCUACAUCGUCCAGGUGUGUGCUGUCAUCAGAGAUAUCAGAAGUGAGGCAGACAUGAUUGAAGCUACCACAGAUGUUUCUGUUAUUGGUGAUCUCCACGUUCUUGGCCAGACAGAAGUCUCCAUCCAGGUGGACUGGAAGAACCCGCCAGUUGAGGUGGAUCACUUCAGGUUGACACAUGUCGACCCAGCGGGACAGGAGGAGGAGCAGAACAUUCAGAUGAGCCAGGAGGCGCGCACCAGACACACUAUUGUGGGCCUGUUUCCGGGGACAGAGUACCAGAUCUCAGUCCAGGCCGUCAAAGGAACCAAUGAAGGGAAAUCUUCCACUGUUUCUGGUGCCACAGAUAUCGACUCUCCUACCAACCUUGUCACCACGGAAGUAACAGAGGACACUGCAACAGUGUCCUGGGAUCGAGUUCAGGCAGAAAUAGAGGGCUACAUGUUGAGCUACACCUCAGCUGAGGGUUUCUCUGCAGACAUUCCUGUAGGACGUGACCUGACCUCGUACAGGCUGGUUGGCUUGAAGCCUGGAGUUGUCCACACGGUCUACAUCUGGGCCUACAAGGGCGACAGAGAGAGCAGGAAGAGUUCCACUGAAGCUGAAACAGAGCUGGAUGCUCCUGCUAACCUCUUAGCCCAAGAUGAAACAGAGUCCAGCUUCAGCGUGUCCUGGGAUCCAGUACAGGCAGAGAUUGAUGGCUACUUGCUAACCUACAGUUCCUCUGAUGGCUCAAGUGAAAUCCCACUUGGGUCAAGCACUUCUUCACACACACUGACCGGCCUCAGGCCUGGGGUCCUCUACACGGUCUACAUCUGGGCAGUCAAGGGAAGAAAGGCCAGCAGGAAGAUUUCAACACAGGCUGAGACAGAACUGGAUGCACCUGCUAACCUCUCAGCUCGAGAUGUGACUGAGUCCACCUUCACCGUGUCAUGGGAUCGGACCCAGGCUGAAAUAGACGGUUACAUGCUAACCUACAGCUCCUCUGAGGGCUCCAGUGAGGAAAUCCCACUGGGGCCUGACAGCACCUCUUACAUGCUGACAAGUUUGAGACCAGGGGUCCUCUACACGGUCUACAUCUGGGCCAUCAGAGGACCCAAAGCAAGCAAGAAGAUCUCGACACAAGCUGAGACAGAACUGGAUGCUCCUGCUAACCUAUUAGCCCGAGAUGAAACAGAGACCAGCUUCAGCGUGUCCUGGGAUCCAGUCCAGGCGGACAUUGAUGGCUACAAGCUAACCUACAGUUCCUCUGAGGGAGAUAGUAAGGAGAUCCCAGUCAGGUCGGACAGCAACUCUUACACACUGACCGGCCUCAGGCCUGGGGUCCUCUACACGGUCUACAUCUGGGCAGUCAAGGGAAGCAAAUCCACCAGGAAGAUUUCAACACAGGCUGUGACAGAGAUUGAUUCCCCCAAGGACCUGAAGGCAACAGAUGUGGAUGUGGACUCUGCCAUUCUGACCUGGGGUUCCCCUCUAGCUGAUAUUGAGGGAUACAUCCUCACCUACAGAGACAAGGAGGGUAACAUGAAGGCUGUUGAACGGCAGCUUGGAGCCAGAGAUAGCCAAUUUUCUGUGUCCAGUUUGGAGACGGGAAAGAGAUACACUGUGACCAUCAUGGCCUACAGGGGGAACAAGAGGAGCAGAGUGGUAGAGACCAGCUUUAAAACAGUUGGUGUCACGUACCCCUUCCCCAUGGACUGUGUUCAGAUCAUGAAGAAUGGCAAUAAGAAGAGUGGUGUCUACACCGUCUAUAUUAACAAUGACCGCUCCAAACCAAUCGAGGUUUACUGCGACAUGGACACUGAUGGAGGCGGCUGGCUGAUGCUCCAGCGCCGUACCACUGGCAAGCUGGACUUCAUGAAACGCUGGAGGCAGUACAUAGCCGGUUUUGGCAACAUGACAGAUGAGUUCUGGAUCGGUCUGGAUAAGAUAUAUGAGCUCACCAACACUCCCACGCAGUACGAGCUGAGGUUCGACUUGGGCCUGGGUUCAGAGAGAGCGUAUGCUGUGUAUGACAACUUCAAGAUUGCACCGGUCAGGCAGAAGUUCAAACUCACUAUUGGCAAAUACAGAGGAACAGCAGGUGAUGCUAUGACCUACCACCAAGGCCAGCUCUGGACCACUGUGGACAAUGAUAAUGACAUCGCACUGGGUAACUGUGCCCUGACCCACCGUGGCGCCUGGUGGUACCAAAACUGUCACCUGGCCAACCCUAACGGAAUGUGGGGAGACAGCAGGCACAGUUUGGGAGUGAACUGGGAGCCAUGGAAGGGCCACCUCACGUCCCUUGACUUCACCGAGAUGAAGAUCCGACCUGUGGGAGCUUUGUCCAGCAGGAAAAGACGCUCGCUGAUGAGCAAGGAGAAGAGCAAAACCAAAAACCUCCCUAAGAUGUAAAAGAGCAUCUCCCACUAAAACCUCACAGUCAUUAUCAGUCCAGCAUGCUAGAUUUGGGUAAUUCCUUUUGAUAUUUACGCCUGUUUGUGUCUCACCUCCUGGACACACACUCAUAUGUCAAACGAUAAAUGCUCAUAUGGAGUAGUAACUUAUUAUCUGUUCAUCUAUAACAGGUUGAUCAGAAGGUAAAGUGGGACUGUGGGAAAGCAGCAAAUGAAAACC